AUGGGCAUGCUUGCUGUUGAAGGUACAUAUGAUAAGAUGAAUGCUCUUUUAAGCCAAAACAUCCACCCGGUAGACAUUUUGUUGUUGAUGGCUGCCUCUGAAACUGAAGGUGACAAACCAAAAAUUGAAGAACUUUUAAGAGCUGGUGCUAGUUACUCUAUCAAAGAUGCCGAUGGGCGGACAGCUCUUGAUAGGGCUGCAAGUGAUGAAAUCAAAGACUUCAUUCUUGGUUUUUCAGUUCAGAAAGCAUGA